AUGGCAUCUGGCAUCCUCAAACCUCUGGCAGUAUUUUGCAGUCAGUCUCAAUCACAGCAGUAUAUCAAAACCGUCAGGAAUCUAGGCGAUGCAUGGCGCACACUCGCAGAAAAGCCGCCUGCAGACGCCGAUGGGUCGACUGUCAUCGAAACUACGUUCGACUUCGUCCUAGAAAUCAUCUAUAUGUCAGGCCAGAGACCCGAGUUCAGCGCGACUCCCUCAGAUAUAAAAUCGGUUGAGAUGAAAACCCAUGAACUUCUAUCACCCUCCCAAACAGUACCUCUUCGACACUACCGCAUUUUUGCCGACUACGGGACGGAUUUCGUCUGGCGACAGGUGGAAGACAUCAAAUCCGGCGAAGACAGCCAUGUUGACGUCGACGAGGUUCUUUCCGAGCACCCUUCCUCCGUGCUGAACCUCUAUGAUGCCUGGGUUGAUACUUACUCAACCCUGUUCAAGGAGCGAUGUGAAGACACCCAGGAUUACUCGGCCACCGUGUUUCCGACCGUGUCAGAGGAAGUAGCGUGGCAUGUGGCAGGGUAUCUACUUGCCUGGUGCAUUGUGAUAGGCCCGGGAGUCGGGAGUGUCGAGUAUUCGACAGGGCGUUCAAAAUAUAUGCUAGCGCGUGGAAAGGAGACGGGUGCUACGCUUGAUUUCUUAACGGAUCAAGCUGAGAUAUUGGCCAGUGGGGAGUUGUUGGAAUAG